GGCGGGACGCCGUUUCACCUGACGGAGAUACGGCUGACGACUAACAGCGAUUGAUCCGAGGGAGGAGGCGGGACGCCGUUUCACCUGAUGAAGGACGGAGUUACGUCUGACGAUGUCCUAAAAUGGACACUGUACAGGGAUGCACUUUUGCUGCAGUAAUCACUUUCGGCCAUUAGAUGGCAGUGUCGCACAGACAAGCCAAGUGCUGCUGGUUCUUUCUACAGGUCAAUUCGCCCUCCUUCCAUCCCACCAUGGAACUUAACUGGAUGCUGCUGUUAUCUCUGGUUUGGCAAGUUCAAGCUGUGGAAGAGACCCUUAUGGACACUCGGACGGCUACGGCAGAGCUAGGCUGGACAGCAGCUCCUUCUUCAGGGUGGGAAGAAGUAAGUGGCUACGAUGAAACCCUCAACACUAUCCGCACCUAUCAAGUGUGUAAUGUCUUUGGGCCUAACCAAAAUAACUGGCUUCACACAACCUUUAUUCCAAGGCGGAACGCCCAACGCGUGUAUGUGGAAAUGCGUUUUACUGUCCGGGACUGUAGUAGUCUCCCUAAUGUGCCAGGCUCUUGUAAAGAGACAUUUAACUUGUAUUAUUAUGAGACAGACUCUCAUGUUGCCAAUAAAGACUCUGCAUUUUGGAACGAUGCUCCUUAUCUUAAAGUGGACACCAUAGCUGCCGACGAGAGUUUCUCACAAGUGGACUUCGGUGGCAGGCUGAUGAAGGUGAACACAGAGGUUCGUAGUUUUGGCCCAUUGACUCGCAGUGGCUUCUAUUUAGCCUUCCAGGAUUAUGGAGCAUGCAUGUCGCUCCUCUCCGUACGUGUCUUCUUCAAAAAGUGCCCUAGUGUGGUUCAGAAUUUUGCAGUCUUCCCUGAAACCAUGACUGGGGCAGAGAGCACAUCAUUGGUGAUAUCAAGAGGAACCUGCAUCCCAAACGCAGAGGAAGUUGAUGUACACAUUAAACUAUACUGCAAUGGAGAUGGGGAGUGGAUGGUUCCUAUAGGAAGAUGUACUUGCAAAGCUGGAUAUGAGCCCGAGAACCAUACUGUCUGUAAAGCCUGUCCCGCCGGCAUGUUUAAAGCUAACCAGGGCCUGGGAAUAUGCGCACCCUGUCCUACCAACAGUCGUUCUACUGCCGAGGCCUCGCCCAUCUGUGUGUGCCGCAACGGAUAUUAUAGGGCAGAUAGCGAUCCACCAGAGGCAAUGUGUACCAGUGUUCCUUCUGGGCCCCGAAACGUCAUUUCAAUAGUCAACGAGACAACCAUCACCUUGGAGUGGCAUCCACCACGUGAGACUGGUAGCAGGGACGAUGUCACCUACAAUAUUAUCUGCAAGAAAUGCCGAUCUGACCGGCGGAGUUGCUCCAGAUGUGAUGACAAUGUAGACUUUGUUCCACGUCAGAUGGGGCUGACGAACACUCGGGUCUUCAUUAGUAAUUUAUGGGCUCAUACCCCUUACACCUUUGAAAUCCAAUCUGUGAAUGGAGUCACCAAUAAAAGUCCAUUUCCUCCUCAGCAUGUCUCUGUCAAUAUCACCACUAACCAGGCUGCUCCCUCCACUGUACCCAUCAUGCACCAAGUCCGAGCAACCAUGAAGAGCAUAACCCUGUCUUGGCCACAGCCAGAACAACCCAAUGGAAUUAUUCUGGAUUACGAGAUCCGAUAUUACGAGAAGGAUCACAAUGAAUUUAACUCUUCUAUAGCCAAGAGCCAGACGAACACAGCAAGCAUAGAAGGACUAAGGCCAGGCAUUGUCUACGUGGUGCAGGUCCGGGCAAGAACAGUGGCCGGUUAUGGGAAAUAUAGUGGAAAAAUGUGCUUCCAAACCCUGACUGAUGAGGAUUACAAAUCUGAGCUCAGAGAGCAGCUUCCCCUGAUUGCCGGCUCGGCUGCUGCAGGCAUCGUCUUCAUCGUCUCUCUGGUGGCCAUCUCCAUUGUUUGCAGCAGAAAGAGAACGUACAGCAAAGAGGCAGUGUACAGUGAUAAACUGCAGCACUACAGCACCGGCAGAGGAUCCCCAGGGAUGAAAAUUUACAUUGACCCCUUCACAUAUGAAGAUCCCAAUGAGGCUGUAAGAGAGUUUGCUAAGGAAAUUGACGUCUCUUUUGUGAAGAUUGAGGAAGUCAUUGGGGCAGGAGAAUUUGGAGAGGUGUACAAGGGCCGACUGAAGCUCCCUGGGAAGAGGGAAAUCUAUGUUGCCAUAAAGACUCUCAAGGCUGGAUACUCUGAAAAGCAGAGAAGGGACUUCCUGAGUGAAGCCAGUAUCAUGGGUCAGUUUGAUCAUCCCAAUAUCAUCCGACUGGAAGGUGUUGUCACCAAGAGUCGACCUGUUAUGAUCAUUACGGAGUUCAUGGAAAAUGGAGCCCUGGACUCCUUCCUUCGGCAAAACGAUGGACAGUUCACAGUCAUCCAGCUGGUGGGUAUGCUCAGAGGAAUUGCAGCUGGCAUGAAGUACCUGUCUGAAAUGAAUUAUGUGCAUCGGGACCUGGCAGCCAGGAAUAUCCUGGUCAACAGCAACUUGGUCUGUAAAGUGUCAGACUUUGGGCUUUCCCGUUACCUUCAAGAUGACACGUCGGAUCCAACAUAUACCAGCUCCUUGGGUGGGAAGAUCCCGGUGAGAUGGACAGCACCAGAAGCCAUCGCUUAUCGCAAAUUCACGUCUGCCAGUGAUGUUUGGAGUUAUGGUAUUGUCAUGUGGGAGGUGAUGUCUUUCGGAGAGAGGCCAUACUGGGACAUGUCCAACCAAGAUGUCAUCAAUGCCAUCGAGCAGGAUUAUCGCUUGCCUCCCCCCAUGGACUGUCCAGCUGCCCUGCACCAGCUCAUGCUGGACUGCUGGCAGAAGGAUCGAAACAGCCGGCCACGCUUUGGGGAGAUUGUCAAUACUCUGGACAAAAUGAUCCGGAACCCCGCCAGCCUCAAGACAGUGGCCACCAUCCCUGCUGUGCCUUCCCAGCCACUGCUCGACCGCUCCAUCCCAGACUUCACAGCUUUUACCUCAGUAGAUGACUGGCUGAGCGCUAUCAAAAUGGGACAAUACAGAGACAACUUCCUGAGCUCUGGUUUCACCUCUCUGCAGCUUGUUGCCCAGAUGACCCCAGAGGACCUCCUGAGGAUAGGAAUAACACUAGCUGGACAUCAGAAAAAAAUCCUGAACUGUAUUCAAUCCAUGAGGGUGCAAAUGAGCCAGUCUCCCACUUCAAUAGCAUGAGACUCUGGACUGGGUGAGGGAGACAUUGAGGGUGGGGGUGGGGAAGAGAAGUGGUUGGAAAUAGAAAGCUUUUAGGCAGUGGGGAAAGAAAAAUUAUUGCAAUUUUGAUGGUGGACUGUCCAUCCACACUAUAACACCGAUGCUCUUAUUGUCUCAUGAAAGGAAGCGCUGAAGAUAUUUGAAGGCAGGUAACCCACCAGUCACUGGUGGUGGAAGACUGGUACUUAAUAUCCAUAGGACCCUGUUUAGGGAAGUCUUAACUGUGAACAUCAAUGGUACUGGUCAUUUGGAAAUUAAGGUGCUUUAUUUUACCACAUUACAAAUUGCAAAGAGAUUGAGGAUGGCACAUUGAGCCUGCUUCACUCAUGAAUGGAUGCCCCACAUCUCCUCAUACUGACACUGCUGCUGCAUCAGGGAGGGAGGCCGUCGGCACACUUCCAUCUUCUCUUUUUAUUGUUUUGAUUGUCUUCAUAUUGAAGAUGAGGUCAUAUGGAAGAACUAACAUUUUUUUUUUCUUCUUUUGCUUGCAUUUUUUGGCAAAAAAAAAGGAAAAACUGAAAAAAAAAAAUAAGAUUCAGGAAGAAAAAAAAAAAACCCUGACAAUGCGUCUACCUUUGUGUCCUAUAUGUCAAAGAAAUGAAUAAAUGAAAAUACUGAAUAAUUUAGAGCUGCGGAUUCAAUGUUUGUAUAUAGAGAGGAAAAGGGAAUGAAACCUAGAAAUACAGAGGACUUUGUUCAGUUCUCUUCUUUCUGGACAUUGAUCAGGAUAAUAGCAGACUUUGUCUCGGGAGCUUAGCACAGCCAAGAAGCAGCUCACAGAUGGGGACAAUGAGGACAUCUGCUGUGGUUGGUGCACCAUGGAUUUUGGAGUAACAUGGCACAAAUGUCACUGGGCUCAUGUGAUUUGUACCCUAAGACAAUCUUAUUGUCUGUGUGGAAAUAUUUAAUGCUGAACAUGGCAGCGACAUCUUCUAGUUUAAGAGGUCAGUACUGAGCUUUGUUGUAUGUUCUGUUGUACAGUAUUAAAAUUGAUUUAUCAACUCAA